UUAUGUAUCAGCGCUGUGACAGAUCACGUGACUGUCGGAGUGCUUUAUUGUUGGGAGGAGGGAACUCUGAGAGUGUGUGUGCGCGCGCAAGAGCGAGAAGCGAGGUGUGUUGAAACUCAGUUCUGUUUCUGCGUUCCUUCCCUCAUCAAAGCCCGUCUAAAUAGAUAGGGGGGAAAUCAUAAAUUAGACCAUGGUGAGAUAGAGGAAAGCGAUCCACGAAGGAAUUUACAGCGAGGACAGAUUGGAGGAAAUGUGCAGUGUUACAUUACCCGUUUGACGCCUUGUGGACAGUAAAGGCAAGAGGCUGCUUUUAGCCAGGGACGUUUUUCUUUUCUUUUUUCAUUUUUAAAGAGGAACGCAAGAUGGCAGAUGACAGGAGUGAAUAACGAGACUAGCACGGCGCGGUUCCAUUUACAAUGUAAAGGAUCGCACCGAGGAUUUUGGUUGUAUAUCGGAACUGGACACAUUGUACUUAUUAUUCUCUUCGACCGGAUACAAAUAAAAGAAAGGAAACUCGGUUUGGUCUCCCGGCAGUGAGGAUCUCGGAUCAAAAUAGGUUAAUGUUUUAGCUCUUGAGAACACUCGCUAGCUGGAUAUGGCAGAUCUUUCCAUUUAGUCCACCUACAGCAGAUUGGUUGGUAAGCCUUUAAACCUUUUUUUUGUAGGCCGUUUCGGCAAGAAAGGCGACGGGAAGCGUCAAUCCUGUUUUCAGACCCCAGACCAAUAGUGUGUUCUCAGUUAGUUUUCAGAAACUAAAGCUAAAAUAGAUCCUCUAACACGUUUUUUUUCCACUAAAAUGAAAGUAACCUAGGCCAUAGAUUUGUACUGGUGAAACUAGAUUGCACAAGAAUGACGCACUGUAGCUUUAAUAUGAAGGACAGUAGCACUACCCGGCAUUAGUAUAUAUUUCACUGAUCUUAUUUUGAUCUGUUGUUAGGAUCCUAUCCGACUUUAAUCAAUCGAACUCUAUUGAGGCCAAUAGUUAAUGUUGGGGUUAUAAAAAUCUGUGCGUAACAACUCCAAAGUCUUAACAGUGCGCCGGAAAGGCCCAUAACCGUACAUUCACCUACUAAAGGGAGGAACUGCCAAAGCAUAUCAUUCAGAUGUGUCAGCAGAUUAGUCUGUUCAUUAUCGUCCCACAUGAUUCAAGAGUCACUGUGACAAAAAAGAAAGACUGAGUGAUAAUGAGAUGUAGGUAAGUGCACUUGACCAUAAGGAACAACAUUGUUGUCUUUAACACACGGAUUAGUAAAUCUAGGGUGAUUAUAAUGUGGCAUCAAGUUUACUUUAUGAUUUCAAGCACUGCUGUUGUUCGGUGUUCCUUCUACAGAAACCUCAAUGCCUGUGAAAGUAGGCCUUAAGACCCCCUUGGUUAUCAUUAUUCAGUAGAUGAAGCAGGGGCAGGUUUUGUCUGUAUGGGUUUAUAGGAGUCGUGGACUGUGCAUCUUCAAAAAAAAGUUCUCAGCCUUUCACACGUAAAUAACUUUAAUCUUUGAGACGAGCUCGAGCCGAAAUGGCUGAAACCUGGAAGAACUGUCUUGAAGAAGAGCUUAUAUGUCCGAUCUGUCUGCAUGUGUUUUCGGAACCGGUUCAGCUGCCAUGCAAGCACAACUUUUGCCGCGUGUGUAUAAACGAAGCCUGGGCCAAGGAUGCGGCCAUGGUCCGGUGCCCGGAAUGCAACAACGCCUACAGCCAGAAACCAGCUCUGGAGAAAAACCACAAGCUGUCCAACAUCGUGGAAAAGUUCAAUGCGCUGAACAUAGAGAAAGCUCCAACUGUGCUGCACUGUAUCCUGUGUCGCCGCGGGCCACCAAUGCCUGCUCAGAAAGUAUGUCUUAGGUGCAAGGCGCCAUGCUGCCAGUCACACGUGCAGACGCACCUGCAGCAGCCCUCGUCCAACGCCGGACACCUGCUAGUGGAGGCGGCCGAGGCUCGGGCAUGGAGUUGUCCGCUGCAUCACGAGUACCGGCUGUACCACUGCGAGGCUGAGCACGCUGCUGUGUGCCACUACUGCUGCGUGGCCAGAUGUGCGCCACACCAUGGACACGCCGUCUGUGAUGUAGAGCUGCGGCGCAAUGACAUCCGGCAAACGUUAAUGAAGCAGCAGGACCGGAUCGAAGACCGAGUUCAAGAUAUAGAAGAGCAACUCUACAAACUAGAGUCUGACAAGUGUCUUGUAGAGGAGAAGGUGCAGCAUCUAAAAGAGGAGGUACAGCUGCAGUAUCAGAAGAUGCAGCAGCUGCUAGAAGAAGACUUGGGAAAGACACUGGAGGUGCUGGAUCAGGCGCAUACCAAAUUCUGUCAGGAGAACUCUACCCAGGUUUUGCAGCUCAACCAGAAACGCCAGGAGGCCAAGAAACUUCUUAGCUCCAUUCAGAUGGUUUCCGAUAAGGCAGAGGACAUCAAAUUUAUGAGGAAUACAAAAUCUGUAAAAAUCUUAAUGGACAGGUCUCAGUCAUAUAUUGGCAAUACCUUACCCUCUUACAAGGUGGGCAGCCUCAAUUCGAAGCUGUUUCUUUCUGAAAUCACAAAGAGGGAGAAAAACCUGUGCAAAAUUCUUGAAGCUCCUUUUAGUGCUCCUGCAAACUUCUUCCAGACUAUUCCAGCCUAUCUGUGUGCAGAGAAGCGUAGGCACUCAGUGGCUUUCUCUGAAGCUGGGGGCAGCAGUAAGGCUGGGUCUAGUUUUAUGGAGUCUUCCUCUUCCUCUUCCUCUGUACCUGCUGCUAAACAGCCAUGUCUGAGUCUUACUCCAGCUCCAGGUUCCUCCACUAGUGAGGGCCAGUCCUCCCAGCAUGCUCUGGGACCUUGCAACUCUGGAAACAGCAGUGCUGCCACCACCUCUCAGUCCAUGCAUCACUCUGGUUCUGUAUUUCCUCAUUCUCAUUAUCCAAACAGCAGCACCUCACAGCUGGCUCAAUACGGAGGACGCAAAAUUCUAAUGUGCACAGUGGAUAACUGCUACUGCUCGGGUGUGCCCUCAGUGUCCAACCCUAGAGGGCAUCCGCCAUACCCUAGAUCCAGCUCCUUCCCCUGGCCAGUGAGCUCACAGGAGUAUUCCCAUCAGCCCCUUCCCUCCACACCUGCAAUGUCUCAGUCUCUCCAGAGUCUGUCUAUGCGGGACUGGAUAGAUGCCUCACAGCCACACAGGCAUCCUGACUUCUAUGGCCUCUACAGUCAGUCUUCCAGCAAGCAUUAUGUCACCAGUUAACCCCAGUUCCAGUGACUGCUGUCAGUCACAAGAUUGGCUAGGUUUUUAAGCUGUGGGAACUUUAAGGAGUGGGAAUUAAUUUUUUUUUUUUUUUUUUUUUGUACAUAACUUGGAUCAGUAAUUUUUAUUUCAUUUUGGUCCACUGUCUAAGUCCUUUAAAACAAUAAAUGUUACAAAUUGAAGCAUAACUUUGCACGUAGGAACCGAUGAUGUUCCCUUUAACAUGCGUUGCUACUUACAACAGAAUAAUACUAACCAUUUUUCGGAAUGGACAAAGAAUAAUAGUCAUCUGUUUAUCUUCAGUAAUGCUGCACUUUUGUGCAAGUUCCUAAUCAUUUUAAAACAAUUGUUUACUGUAUCCAAAUCAACGGUCAGCUCUUAAUGAAAUAUACUGUUAGAAAGAAAAGUGAUUCUUACCAUUCACACUAUUAUAACCCACUAUAUUUUAUUUGACUACUUAUUUCACAUAAGUAGUGUUUUUUUUUUUUUUUUUUUUAAUCAGUAAGAAAUUGUUGUAUAAGCAAGAUAUUUUCAAAUUUUUACAAUCAUCUAUGUUUGUUUUCAUUUAGCAGAAGAUGAACAGUCUUUAGUGUGUUUUUUUUUUUUUGUUUGUUUUUUGUUUGUUUGUUUUUUUUCUUCCCAAUAAGAGAAAGGUAUACUUAUUUGUAUAAGUUUGGGUUACUUGUAUAUGUAACAGGUAAUUUUGUAUUUUUAGAGGGAAAAAGAAAGGAAAAUUUAAUGAUGCAAUUUUUUCAUUGUUCUGUUUUUUGUUUUUUUUUUUUUAUUUGUGUGUACUUCCCUAUAGAGAGUAUCUUGAUGGAAAUGCCCUGUUGGCAUGUGAUUUCUUGGUGUAGCUGUGACUAAAUGUCCAAGCAGCUGCCCAACAUGAAUGCCCAGCACACAGACAGUGCUGCCACACAAAAAAUACCUUUGUAACUUUGUGAAAACAGGAUGCAUUGGGUUUUACGUUCUAUUACUGUUAACCUAAUUCAUUCAGAGCUAUUUGGACCUGAUUUCCCCCCAAAAUUUGAAGGAAAUCUGGAAGUACAUUCCUCUCCAUUUAUUAGUAAUGCAGUUCUUCUUUCUCCUGAUUCAUGUCAUUAAUGGCAGCAAUCAAAGAAUAUCUGGCUUCCUGUUUGUUAUUGAUUGCAUGUGGGAUCAAGUUUCUGAGCACUUGUAGUAAAAUAAUAAAACUGCAAGAAAUUUUAAAUGACUUGAAACAGGGAAGGUUCUUUUUUGUUAAUAAAUAAUAUUCAGUAAUGAAAAGCACUGACUAAUGAAUCUCUAUAGAUCAAAGCAAGAAACUGGUUAUGAAAUGUGUGGGUUUUUCUUUUUUGUAAAUAUUUUGUCAAACUAAAACAGAGUUGUAACUGGGUAACUGUUUGGUUUUUUUAUAUAAAUAAAUAGUAAUUUCAA